AUGUCAUCUUCUUUCUCCUUGAAAUCAUUUCGAGAUCUUCUCAAUAAACCAUGGAAAAUCUUCCUCUUCCCCACCAUCAAAAGCGAUCAUUUCUACCUAUUCAUAAAAUUAGGUCUCACCAUCUCCAUCAUCUUCCUCAUCUCCCAUUUUUUCUACCUCUCAAUCUCUUACCAAAAGCCACAAAUCCAUUAUAAUCCAUUAGCCCUAAAACAAAUGUUCCAAUCAGAAAUUCCCAAAACCCUACCCCCAACUUCCAGCCCACCUCAAGAUCCAAUUCCAACCAACCUCUCACACAUCGUCUUCGGAAUCGGCGGAACCUAUUCCACCUGGAAGAAUCGUCGUCACUAUAGCGAACUCUGGUGGAACCCUAAUGUCACACGAGGCUUCGUCUGGCUCGAUACCGCCCCGCCGAAGAACGAAACCUGGCCGAAAUCAUCUCCGCCCUACAAAGUGUCCGCCGAUACAUCCUCAUUUAAAUACACAUGCGAUUAUGGCUCUCGUUCAGCAAUCCGCAUUGCACGGAUACUAAAAGAGACAUUUAAUCUAGGGUUAGAUAAUGUGAGAUGGUUUGUGAUGGGUGACGACGACACAGUAUUCUUUUCUGAAAAUCUAAUCACGGUGUUGAACAAAUAUGAUCAUAAUCAAUUGUAUUAUAUUGGUGGAAAUUCGGAGAGCGUGGAACAAAAUAUUGUGCAUUUUUACACGAUGGGUUAUGGUGGCGGAGGGUUUGCUAUAAGCUACCCUUUAGCGGCGGAGCUGGUGAUGAUUUUGGACGGUUGUAUUGAUCGGUAUGCAGAUUAUUAUGGAUCUGAUCAGAAAAUUCAAAGUUGUAUUAGUGAAAUUGGAGUCCAGAUUACCAAAGAACCUGGUUUUCAUCAGAUUGAUGUACAUGGAAGCCCUUAUGGGUUAUUGGCAGCACACCCAGUAGCACCAUUGGUUUCUUUGCAUCAUUUAGACUACGUGGACCAAUUUUAUCCAGACAUGGACCGAAUAGAUUCACUUAAAAAGUUACUUGCCGCUUAUAAAGCGGAUCCAGGUAGGACCAUCCAACCGAGUUUCUGCUAUGACCACACCCGAAAUUGGACGGUGUCCAUUUCUUGGGGCUAUAGUGUUGAAUUGUAUCCCUAUUUUCCCACAGCCAAAGAGCUUGAAACACCGUAUUUGACCUUCAAAACAUGGAAGACUUGGAGCGAUGGUCCAUUUACAAUAAAUACCCGACCCAUUAGUUGGGAUAUAUGUAGAAGGCCCCUAAUAUAUUUUCUAGACCAGAUUGAUGUGGAACAGGAGAAGACUCAGUCUAAUUAUAAAAGAUACCCCAGCCCAAUACAUUAUGAAUGUGAGCAUGCUGAUUACGUGCAACCUUUAAAAAUUCAAUAUGUGAAUGUUUCGGCUCCUAAAUUUUCUGCUAGCUUGUGGAACAAGGCGCCACGUAGACAAUGUUGCGAAGUAAUCAAUAGUUCAGAUAGUCAAGUAAUCAACGGCUCAGAUAGUGUGAUUCAGGUGAAUGUUAGGGCAUGUCAACAGUUUGAGAGUGUAACUCCUCAUUAA